AAACAGUCGGUCUUCGUGGCCCUGCAGGCUGUCGUCACCAGCUCGAAAUGCCGUGAACACACCCUGAUAAUCAGAUAAUCUCAAAGAUAUGCGCAGAAAAUGCUUCCGCGCUACAUAUACGGCUGGCCUGCAAUGUCGGUGUGUAAAACUCACCCGUAUCCUUGUCCAGGAGAGUUUUCAAAUAAAUGGAAUCCAUCUACUAUCGGCUGCCCGUCGCGGGAUCGGUAUCCCACAGCAUCGCUAUAGCCAGCACGGUCUUCAGGCUUGUUUACAGAGGUUGGACGCGUCGCGUCUGGUGGGAAGACGCAUGGGCAGCCGUUUCAAUGAUCUCAGAUGUUCUCUGCCUGGCAACCAUCUGGGUCAAACCAUCGGCAUCCAGCCCCUUGAUAUUCCCACCCUGGGUCCUCGCAAUUGCUUUAACCUCCGUCCUGUGGGCUGCGCGUAUGAGUGUCAUUUUUUCCAUCAUUCGAAUCGCCAACCAUUCAGGUUCCAAGGUCCACAGAUGGAUUCCUCAUCUCAUUGCAGUAUCAUUUGCGUGCAUGUGGGUCGCGCUGCUCGUGCAAAAGAUCAACAUAUGCAUAUUCCACGGGUGCCAGAUGGCCAAGACUGUGGCAGUCUCACAACUGAUCACGGACGUCAUCGCGGAUUUUUCUCUCGUAGCUGCGCCGCUGCAGCUCUGGUCAAAUGUAGGGCUCUCGCGUAGCAGAAGAAUAUUGGUCUUGUCCUCAUUUGGCGCAUCGCUUCUAAUCACUGCCAUCACCAUCCCCCACUCUGUAGUCCUCUUCAGCCCAUUAUCAGAAACUACGCUCAUCUUCGCACAUGUCAAGGCUGCGCUCAGUCUCGUCAUCUGCAACGUCUUGGUGAUCGUUACAUUUGCAUACCGCGUAUUGUCGAAAGAGACUUUUGAUCUCGAUCAGUCUUUCACGUCGUCUACCGGAAUCUUCACAAGUGUCAUCAUGACGCAGUUUCCCGUUAGCACGUACGCUAUGACCUCCGAUCAAGAGGGGACAACCUCGAGACAGAUAACGACGGUCCAGAUUGAGGCGAUGAAGCCGAAACCAGAAGACGCAAGCAUAGUGAGCGCUGAAGAGGGCACUGGAUGGCUGAAAACAUUGAAUGAUAGCAAGCAAUGAUUGAUAGCGAAGUUUGCCAAAUAUAAUGGCACGCGAUUUUUCAUCUUGUUACAUGUACAUAUGUGUAUUUGUUGUCUGUAUUCAUGAUCAUAUACCCAAGGCAUACCAUCUUAAUCACAAACAUGAAAACAACCUGCUAAGCUUAAGGAACCUUUCAGAUUGUUUUCUUUUUCACGCCAUUAAUGUUUCACAGG